AUGAACUACAAGAUUCUAUCCAAGUUAGCCAAAAGCACCAGACGCCAAACCAUAAUGUCGAAAUACCACCCUCCCGUGAACCGCAACAUGCGCGAAUUGGACCGCGCUUUUUUCAACAUCGACAUCCCCAUCAUGUGCGCCAAGUUCACCAAGCCGCAGUACUUGCCCCAGUUUAUAAAAUCGUGCCAGCUGGAAAUCUUCUACUUGCCCAACGUCAAGCAUAUCAUCGACAAGGACAACAUGAAAGCGGUGCUCUUGCGCGAAGAGGUCAAGUCCGCCCGCGACUUAUCCCCGCUCGCUCAAACCAAGCUCGAAGAAUACGAGAUGAAACUCGCGCCCCACACCGUGCAUCUAGAUUACGAAUUUUGGAAAAGCGAUGAGAUCUUAGCCGCCAUCUUGCCGGAGCACUUGGUCCAGGAGAUCCCCAGCGGGUUCGCCACGGCGGGCCACUUGGCGCACAUCAACCUCAAGGAGGAGUUCAAGCCCUACGGCGCGCUCAUUGGACAAGUCAUCUUGGACAAGAACCCCGUGUUGAAGACGGUGGUGGAUAAAAAAAACUCCAUCUCGAACCAGUUCCGCACCUUCCCGUUGGAGCUUUUAGCGGGCGAGCCCAACUAUGAAGUCGAGCAGCACGAGAGCGGGUGCAAGUUUAAGUUUGAUUUCAGUAAGGUCUAUUGGAACUCGCGGUUGAGCACCGAGCACGAGCGGUUGGUCGCCAAGUUCGCGCCGGGGGAGGUUGUCGGGGACGUUAUGGCUGGUGUGGGGCCCUUUGCGUUGCCGAGCGGCAAGAAGGGCACCAUUGUGUUGGCGAAUGAUUUGAACCCCGAGAGUUUCAAGUAUUUGCAGGAGAACAUUGCGAUUAACAAAGUCGAUGCGUUUGUCGAAGCGUACAACUUAGACGGGCGCAAGUUCAUCGAGGAUGCCGCGCUGAUCCUCGAUGGUUUCGCUAGCAGAGGCCCCAUUGAGAAGAAAAUGGUGAAACGGGCCAAGAAUGGUACCAAGCUGGCCUCGGUGGAAACUAUCCAUGUGCCGCGGUUCUACCACCAUUUCGUGAUGAAUUUACCCGAUUCAGCAAUCACCUUCCUCGAUGCUUUCGUUGGUUUGUAUUCAAAGUGUCCGCAGAUCAAGAGCGAGCCGGGUUUCAAAUUGCCCUGGGUUCACGUGCAUUGUUUUGAGAAAUUCGAGAAUGGCGAAGGGCCGACGGUAGAGGAGUUGAGCGAGCGUAUACGUCGACGGAUAUGCAAGUUGAUUGACUUUGAGUUGGAUUUUGAAAAGAUGGAGUUUCACCAGGUGCGCAUGGUGAGUCCCACCAAGCCCAUGUUUUGCGUUUCCUUCCAGUUACCGGAGGAAGUUGCGUUCCGGACCCAAUCGGGUAGGGUAUAA